UGAAGACAGUUGAGUGGAGGUUGCUGGGAGAGAUGCCAAAGCCACCAAGGUUAAGUCACGAGGUGGCUGUGCUCGCAGGGAAGUUGUACGUGCUCGGGGGACAGAAUUAUAAAGGAAUGCUUGCCGUUUUAAACUCAGUCUACAGAUAUAAUCCGCUUCAGGACCGCUGGGAGAGAUUGGCCGACUUGCAGGAGAAAAGGUGUAAUUUUUCUGUGGUUGUUCUGGACGAGAUUAUAUAUGCCAUUGGAGGGUACAUUGAUCCAGAAACUAACCUGGAUAGUGUGGAGCGCUACUGUCCAAAUACAGAUUCUUGGAGCUUUGCCCAACCCUUGGACAUGACCUUGAGUUGCCAUGCUGCCACAUUGUUGGAUGGAGAGAUCUUCAUCUCAGGGGGGUUCGACUGCAGGUACCAGUGUCUGGUGUCCAUGUUCCUGUACCAUCCUGAGAGAGGAACAACCUACCUGGCAGAGAUGAGCCAACCUCGAGCCCAUCACUGCAUGGAGACUUUAAACAAUCAUCUUUAUGUGGCUGGAGGAGUCACUGUUGAUGAAAACAUGACGUCUAUCGACCAGCUGGCCUGUGAGGUCUACGACCCUGUUAGUGACUCCUGGAGUGCCCUCAUGCCCCUGGCCGUCUCCCAUGUUAGAGCAGCCUCUGUGGUUCUGGAGGGGAAGAUCUAUGUGCUGGGAGGAUACUGCCAAGAGGACUACAGGGAGACCAGACUGGUGCAUCGGUAUGAUCCCACCAACCAACUUUGGGAGAAUAUCGGCGAGAUACCCGGACCUAACACUGACAUAAGAGCCUGUUUGCUCCACCUGCCCAAACACUUGAGACAAUGAAAAAUCACUAUACAUCCCAUAACACCACACUAAAUAUUAUGCCACUACAUGACCUACA